GGCGUCAGCCUCUCGCCAGCGUGUGAGCGCGGGGGCCCUCAGCCUCCCGCCGCCGCCGCCAGCAUGUCGGGGGUGCGAGCGGUGCGCAUCAGCAUCGAGUCGGCCUGCGAGAAGCAGGUGCAGGAGGUGGGCCUGGAUGGCACCGAGACGUACCUGCAGCCACUGUCCAUGUCGCAGAACCUGGCGCGUCUGGCCCAGCGGAUCGACUUCAGCCAGGGUUCGGGCUCCGAGGAAGAGGAGGCGGCGGGGCCCGAGGGCGACGCGCAGGACUGGGCUGGAGCCGGCGCCGAGCAGGAGGACGAGGAGGGGUUGGUAAAAUUUCAGCCUUCCUUAUGGCCUUGGGAUUCAGUGAGAAACAAUUUGAGAAGUGCCCUUACCGAAAUGUGUGUUCUCUAUGAUGUUCUCAGUAUUGUUAGAGACAAAAAGUUUAUGACUCUUGAUCCUGUCUCUCAAGAUGCACUUCCUCCCAAACAGAAUCCUCAGACAUUGCAGCUGAUUUCUAAGAAGAAGUCCCUUGCUGGAGCAGCUCAAAUCCUGCUGAAGGGUGCAGAAAGGCUAACUAAGUCAGUGACUGAGAACCAAGAGAACAAACUGCAGAGAGACUUCAACUCUGAACUCUUGAGACUGCGGCAACACUGGAAGCUCAGGAAAGUUGGGGAUAAAAUUCUUGGCGAUCUGAGCUACAGAAGUGCAGGAUCUCUCUUUCCCCAUCAUGGCACUUUUGAAGUGAUUAAGAACACAGAUAUUGAUCUGGAUAAGAAGAUACCAGAAGAUUACUGUCCUCUCGAUGUCCAGAUUCCUAGUGAUUUAGAAGGAUCUGCAUACAUCAAGGUUUCCAUUCAGAAACAGGCUCCUGACAUCGGUGAUCUUGGCACAGUUAACCUGUUCAAGCGACCUUUGCCCAAAUCCAAAUCAGGUUCCCCACAUUGGCAGACAAAAUUAGAAGCAGCACAGAAUGUUCUUCUGUGUAAAGAAAUCUUUGCCCAGCUCUCCCGGGAAGCUGUUCAAAUUAAGUCACAGAUCCCUCACAUUGUGGUGAAAAACCAGAUUAUCUCUCAGCCCUUUCCAAGCUUGCAGUUGUCUAUUUCCUUGUGCCAUUCUUCAAAUGAUAAGAAAUCCCAGAAAUCUGCCACUGAGAAGCAGAGUUCAGAGGAUCACCUUUAUGUCCUAGAGCAUAACCUGCACCUGCUGAUCAGAGAGUUUCAUAAGCAGACCUUGAGUUCCGUGGUGAUGCCUCAUCCAGCAAGUGCUCCUUUUGGUCACAAGAGAAUGAGACUUUCAGGUCCUCAGGCUUUUGAUAAAAAUGAGAUCAGUUCAUUACAGUCCAGUGAAGGGCUCCUAGAAAAAAUAAUUAAACAAGCAAAGCAUAUUUUCCUGAGGAGCAGAACUGCUGCAACUAUUGACAGUUUAGCAAGUCGCAUCGAGGACCCUCAGAUACAGGCUCACUGGUCAAAUAUCAAUGAUGUGUAUGAAUCUAGCGUGAAAGUUUUAAUCACAUCGCAAGGUUAUGAACAAAUAUGCAAGUCCAUCCAGCUGCAGUUGAACAUUGGCGUUGAGCAGGUCCGUGUCGUGCACAGAGAUGGCCGAGUGAUCACCUUGUCCCACCAGGAGCAGGAGCUGCAGGAUUUCCUUCUGUCUCAGAUGUCACAGCAUCAGGUACAUGCUGUUCAGCAGCUAGCCAAGGUUAUGGGCUGGCAGGUCCUUAGCUUCAGCAAUCAUGUGGGACUCGGACCUGUGGAGAGCAUUGGCAAUGCUUCUGCCAUAACAGUGGCCUCUCCCAAUGGUGACUACGCUAUAUCAGUUCGUAAUGGACCUGAAAGUGGCAGCAAGAUUAUGGUUCAAUUUCCCCGUAACCAGUGUAAAGACCUUCCAAAAAGUGAUGUUUUACAAGAUAACAAGUGGAGUCAUCUUCGUGGGCCAUUUAAGGAAGUUCAGUGGAAUAAAAUGGAAGGCCGAAACUUUGUUUACAAAAUGGAGCUGCUUAUGUCUGCACUUAGCCCUUGUCUACUAUGAUUUCUUCCAGAACAAUUUGCAGAAACUUUGUUUGCAGACCGGUUACAAGCACAAGGGAGAGAAAUCUUCCACAUAAGUACUGCAUGCUCACCCAUUAGACCAUUGGAGCACCAGUCUUCCAAAGCAAUGUUGAUUAAAAACAUGGUAACUGUUUACCUGGCAUCUUGAAACCUUUCACUUUAUAAGUGACAAGCGCUUUGUGGAACUCAGAAGUUCAUGUACAUUUGUAGCUGUGCAGGGUGGGGACAUGUGAAGAUACACAUUUUUUAUAACGUUCACCUGAAAAUGUUACUGACUUCAGAGCUUGGAUUUACUUUUUUGAAUAACCCUUCUUUGAUGUUAACCUCAAUAAAAUCUUCAG